GGCCGAGUGCGCAUGCGCGCGUGCGCUCACCUCGCCUGGGUGUGUCCGCCCGCGGGAGCAGGUAGUGCCGCAUUUUGGGCUCGGCUUCGUGGACGAUGGCGCGCGUCGUGUGGUUGCUCUUCUUCUUCUUCUUCUUCUUCUUCUUGGGUUGUUGCGCGGCGCGGGACCUUGUGCCGCCGGGCCCCGUGGACGCCGUCGUGGGAAAGAACGUGACGCUGCGAACCCUGCUGGACCAGCCCGUCUUCACCUUCAUCAUCUGGAACUUCGAGAACACCCACGUCCUGACCCUCACCCCCACCUCCGUCAUCGUGAACGCGCCCUACCUGGGCCGCGUGUCCGUGGACGAGCGGAGCGGCUCGCUGCACCUGGGCGCGCUCACCAAGGCCGACAGUGGGGACUACAGCGUGACCGUCGUGGCCGCCAACGGCACCACGGAGACCGGCGGGAUCCUGCUGCGCGUCGCCGAGUCCCUGGUCAUCAGGUCCAGCGUGAGCGAGGCCGUGGAACACAACGACACGGUGGUCCUGACCUGCACCGCCAUCGGCUCCUUCCAGAAGUUCACCUGGCUCAACGGGACCUCGCCCAUGGUGGUGGACGGCCAGCGCCUGGUGCUCAAGGAGAACGACACGUCCAGCCAGCUGACCAUCACCGGCGUUCUCCGGACCGACCUGGCGGGACCCGUCUACUGCACGGCCAGCAACAAGGUGGACGUGGAGAAGAGCGCCCCCUUUAGCCUCCCAGUCCACUACGGUCCCGACCCCAUCGCCCUCACGCCCGCAGACGUGCCGCGCUUCCUCCAAGCCGGCGCCGACUUCAACCUGACGUGUUCCACGCGGUCCAGCCCGGCCGCCAGCAUCAGGUGGUACCAGAACCAGAGCCUGUUGGAGACGGCGGGGAGUGUGUUGGCGCUGAGUGUGGUGCAACAACACCCGCUGUGGCGACACAUGUCCACCUACACCUGCAGGGCCGCCAACGCCAAGACACUGCGCCAAGUCUCCUCCCCCGGCGCCACCUUCUCCGUCAUUGAACCGGUGUUGGGCGUCAACAUGAGCGGUCCAAGCGGCGUGCUGAUGGCGGGCAACAGCACCGCCAACCUCAGUUGCCGGGCAACAGCGGGCACAGUGACGACCCGGACCUGGCUGAAGGACGGCCAGCCCGUGGCGGGCGGCGGCCGCGUGACGCUGUCAGCCGACGGCGGUUCACUGAUGAUAGCGCCGUUGCAGAAGGAAGACAACGGCGAGUUCCAGUGCCAGUUUGCCAACCCGGUCAGCAGCCAGAGAGCCUCGUACAAGAUGGUGGUCAUGUUCGGCCCUGAGGCGGUGGCGGUGAGCGGCCAGAGCGCGGUGGAGGUGCGAGGCGGCGUGACGCUCACCUGCUCGGCUGCGUCCGUCCCCCCGGCCAACUUCACCUGGAAGUUCAACGGCACGCUUACCGACGUCAAAACGGCCGCGUACGUCAUCGGUGAGGCCGUGUACAAGAACACGGGCGCCUACAUGUGCCAGGCGCACAACGCCGUCACCGGCAAGACCGCCACGCACACGCACAACCUGUCCGUCAGAGAGGAGGGCACGCUGCAACAAGGCCUGUCGGACGGCGCCAUCGCCGGAAUCAUCAUCGGCAUCCUGGCCGCCUUGGCCCUGGCCAUCGGACUCAUCUUUUACUGCAGGCAGAAAGUCCCGGUGGAGUCCCCGUACUAGUGAGCGUGGUGCACGCUGAUGCCGGAGGCACCGGUCCAGACCCCCCCCCCCCCCCCUCUCCCCCCGGUGUGUCUCCACCCCCCAACCCCACCUUGUCCCCGUCGACAGAAACGUAGCUCGUCUGCUGGGCUGAGCGGCUGUCAAUCAUCAGAUAUUUGCCUUCAUCACCUCACCGCCUAUUUGGCCCCGCCCACAGCUGGGCAGGAUGCCCAAGCUAUCGGUUACAUCGAUGAUGGACUUUGUGACUGUUUGGAACACCCGAGGACACACACACACACACACACACCCUGUGGUGGGCGGAGUCUGAGCCUCGUCACAUUCCAAAAGAUUUGAAAUAUAUUUUGAUUGUUUACUAGUGGUUAUUAUAUCACAUCAUAUUACAUCUUUUUAACUGCUGUCUUGGCCGCACUCUUACUUCCUUUUGACCACACUUUUAUUUCCUUUUAAUCGCACUCUUACUUCCUUUUGACCACACUUUUAUUUCCUUUUAAUCGCAGUCUUACUUCCUUUUGACCCCACACUUAUUUCCUUUUAACCACACUUUUAUUUCCUUUUAAUCGCACUCUUACUUCCUUUUGGCCGCACUCUUACUUCCUUUUCACCACACUUUUAUUUCCUUUUAAUCGCACUCUUACUUCCUUUUGACCACACUCUUACUUCCUUUUGGCCACACUCUUACUUCCUUUUGACCACACUUUUAUUUCCUUUUAAUCGCACUCUUACUUCCUUUUGACCACACUCUUACUUCCUUUUGACCACACUCUUACUUCCUUUUGACCGCACUAUUACUUCCUUUUUAUUCUUACUUCCUUUUGACCCCUCUUACUUCCUUUUUACCCCACUCUUACUUCCUUUUGACCCCACUCUUACUUCCUUUUGACCACACUCUUACUUCCUUUUUAUUCUUACUUCCUUUUGACCCCACUCUUACUUCCUUCUGACCCCACUCUUACUUCCUUUUAAUUCUUACUUCCUUUUGACCCCACUCUUACUUCCUUUCUAUAUUUACUUCCUUUUGACAUCACUCUUACUUCCUUUUGACCCCACUCUUACUUCCUUUCUAUUCUUACUUCCUUUUGACCGCACUUUUACUUCCUUUUAAUUCUUACUUCCUUUUGACUCCACUCUUACUUCCUUUUGACCCCACUCUUACUUCCUUUUGACCCCACUCUUACUUCCUUUUGACCCCACUCUUACUUCCUUUCUAUUCUUACUUCCUUUUGACCGCACUUUUACUUCCUUUUAAUUCUUACUUCCUUUUGACUCCACUCUUACUUCCUUUUGACCCCACUCUUACUUCCUUUCUAUUCUUACUUCCUUUUGACCGCACUUUUACUUCCUUUUAAUUCUUACUUCCUUUUGACACCACUCUUACUUCCUUUUGACCCCACUCUUACUUCCUUUCUAUUCUUACUUCCUUUUGACCGCACAUUUACUUCCUUUUAAUUCUUACUUCCUUUUGAUCACAUUCUUACUUCCUUUUGACCACACUCUUACUUCCUUUUGACCACACUCUUACUUCCUUUUGACCGCACUAUUACUUCCUUUUUAUUCUUACUUCCUUUUGACCCCUCUUACUUCCUUUUUACCCCACUCUUACUUCCUUUUGACCCCACUCUUACUUCCUUUUGACCACACUCUUACUUCCUUUUUAUUCUUACUUCCUUUUGACCCCACUCUUACUUCCUUCUGACCCCACUCUUACUUCCUUUUAAUUCUUACUUCCUUUUGACCCCACUCUUACUUCCUUUCUAUAUUUACUUCCUUUUGACAUCACUCUUACUUCCUUUUGACCCCACUCUUACUUCCUUUCUAUUCUUACUUCCUUUUGACCGCACUUUUACUUCCUUUUAAUUCUUACUUCCUUUUGACACCACUCUUACUUCCUUUUGACCCCACUCUUACUUCCUUUCUAUUCUUACUUCCUUUUGACCGCACUUUUACUUCCUUUUAAUUCUUUCUUCCUUUUGACACCACUCUUACUUCCUUUUGACCCCACUCUUACUUCCUUUCUAUUCUUACUUCCUUUUGACCGCACAUUUACUUCCUUUUAAUUCUUACUUCCUUUUGACCCCACUCUUACUUCCUUCUGACCCCACUCUUACUUCCUUUCUAUUCUUACUUCCUUUUGACCGCACUUUUACUUCCUUUUAAUUCUUACUUCCUUUUGACCGCACUCUUACUUCCUUUUAAUUCUUACUUCCUUUUGACAUCACUCUUACUUCCUUUUGACCCCACUCUUACUUCCUUUCUAUUCUUACUUCCUUUUGACCGCACUUUUACUUCCUUUUAAUUCUUACUUCCUUUUGACACCACUCUUACUUCCUUUUGACCCCACUCUUACUUCCUUUCUAUUCUUACUUCCUUUUGACCGCACUUUUACUUCCUUUUAAUUCUUACUUCCUUUUGACUCCACUCUUACUUCCUUUCGACCCCACUCUUACUUCCUUUCUAUUCUUACUUCCUUUUGACCGCACUUUUACUUCCUUUUAAUUCUUACUUCCUUUUGACACCACUCUUACUUCCUUUUGACCCCACUCUUACUUCCUUUCUAUUCUUACUUCCUUUUGACCGCACAUUUACUUCCUUUUAAUUUUUACUUCCUUUUGACCACAUUCUUACUUCCUUUUGACCCCACUCUUACUUCCUUUCUAUUCUUACUUCCUUUUGACCGCACUUUUACUUCCUUUUAAUUCUUACUUCCUUUUGACACCACUCUUACUUCCUUUUGACCCCACUCUUACUUCCUUUCUAUUCUUACUUCCUUUUGACCGCACAUUUACUUCCUUUUAAUUCUUACUUCCUUUUGACCACAUUCUUACUUCCUUCUGACCCCACUCUUACUUCCUUUUAAUUCUUACUUCCUUUUGACCCCACUCUUACUUCCUUUCUAUAUUUACUUCCUUUUGACAUCACUCUUACUUCCUUUUGACCCCACUCUUACUUCCUUUCUAUUCUUACUUCCUUUUGACCGCACUUUUACUUCCUUUUAAUUCUUACUUCCUUUUGACACCACUCUUACUUCCUUUUGACCCCACUCUUACUUCCUUUCUAUUCUUACUUCCUUUUGAUCGCACAUUUACUUCCUUUUAAUUCUUACUUCCUUUUGACCCCACUCUUACUUCCUUCUGACCCCACUCUUACUUCCUUUUAAUUCUUACUUCCUUUUGACCCCACUCUUACUUCCUUUCUAUAUUUACUUCCUUUUGACAUCACUCUUACUUCCUUUUGACCCCACUCUUACUUCCUUUCUAUUCUUACUUCCUUUUGACCGCACUUUUACUUCCUUUUAAUUCUUACUUCCUUUUGACUCCACUCUUACUUCCUUUUGACCACACUCUUACUUCCUUUCUAUUCUUACUUCCUUUUGACCGCACUUUUACUUCCUUUUAAUUCUUACUUCCUUUUGACUCCACUCUUACUUCCUUUUGACCCCACUCUUACUUCCUUUCUAUUCUUGCUUCCUUUUGACCGCACAUUUACUUCCUUUUAAUUCUUACUUCCUUUUGACCACAUUCUUACUUCCUUUUGACACCACUCUUACUUCCUUUUGACCGCACUCUUACUUCCUUUUAAUUCUUACUUCCUUUUGACCACACUCUCACUUCAUUGACUACACUCUUGCUUCCGUUCUGGAGACCUGACACACACACACACACACACACACACACACACACACACACACACACACACACACACACACACAGUAAAACCGUUGUGGGCGGAGUCUAAGCCUCUUCACAUUCCCAAGAAUGGGAUUUUAUAGUUUGAUUAUUUCGUUAAUAAUGGCGACAAUAAAAAUGUUUUUAAGGUUGACUUUGUCGCCACAAGCAGCUGACCUCCUUGUCGUCGCUCCCGCGGGGACAAUGGCCAGGAAGAUGAAGCGUUGCCAUGGCUACCUGCCGCCUCUCAGGUGGUCACGGAGGCCUCCAGCUCAGUGGAAUGUUUCCGACAAGACGCAACUUGCUGAGGGCGGCGAUGUACGUUUGACAUUUUCUUGGAUGUGUGUGUGUGUGUGUGUGUGUGUGUGUGUGUGUGUGUGUGUGUGUGUGUGUGUGUGUGUGUGUGUGUGUGUGUGUGUGUGUGUGUGUGUGUACGUGCACUGACCUCCAGGAAAGUAUUUAUUGUUUUUACAAAGAGCAGCUGAAGAUCCUCGCUGGUGUUUGCUCGUCUUAUGUAAAUAAAGCGCUCACAUGAUUAGGAAAAGCACGCGCAUCAGAACUCAGAAUUGUGUAAAUGUAACCUCUGAUAACUCCGCCUUGUUGUUGUUGUUGUUGUUGUUGACACUUUGCUUGCUGGGGAUGUUUGUUUAUUUUUGUCAAUGGCUUCCCAAGAAUAAAAAGUAGGCUUUGAAAGAA